UGGCCAGUGAGGGCCAAUCCAGGGCCCCCAACUGCGGCAGAUACGUCAUAAAUCCACAAAUCUGAACCCCCAGCAACUAGCGACUGUUGGAAGAUGCUAAGUCCGUAGACUUUUUAUUCCCUGAGAUGUGAAGGGCAGAAAGUCGGAUAGAGCUACUGUGUAGUAUCACUGGAAAGUGUCUCCUAGUACCCUAUGAUAUUGAGCUUUUCACUUCUGUUAGUAUAGGAGCCCCCGACUAAGCGCAGUUCCGGACCUAUUGCCUAUCUGCUACUGGUGGGAACAGAUCCCUGGGGCUGCAGUCCGAGCUGUUGCUGAACUACACAUGUUAGAUCCCAAAUGAGUUCAGCAACAGUUAUUGGGUCUGGAACACUGGAAAGUAGAUGCGUGUAGAGCAGACCAUAUAACUGGGUGCGACAGAUCGCGCUAACAAGGUAGUUAGAUGGGAUGGAGAUGCGAUGCCCGGAUUUUAGGUGCGAUAUUGUGGGGGGUAGCUAGUAGCGGAUAGGCAGCUCUUCGCCUGCGUAUCUUUCAGCUGUCGCCUCACAGACCGCAGAGCUUGCGAUCUACAUCAAUCUCCUGAUAAGAAAGGGGCAUGGGAAGUUGGGUACAUCCAUAUAUCGCCCCCUGAAACAUUCCUGUAGUGGCGGCGGCGAGAUGUUGCUAAGAGGGCUAACCUUGUAUCCAAACACAAGCCCCCGCCUCCUCCCUGUGAGCCGGCCCCCUUAUCAUUGGGUGGCAGCUGAGAAAGACAGAGGCCUCUGGCGAAUCACAGGCUCAUUGAUUAGGGAGAGUUGGUUUGAAUAGAGCUGGCCAUGUGCCAGCCCCCCCCUCCCCUAUUACUAACCCCACUCCUAUGAUUAAUCGCAAUGCAUUAUUGAUCAUCAUAAUUAUGGCAGGACACAUGCGCCCUGGCUGGGGCUCCCUGGCCGCAAUUGGGAGCACAUUUUGGGAGUAAAUUAUUUGUCUUCUGUCCCAGCUGAUGUGUGAGCCAGCAUGUCUCGGAGGAAGCAGCCGAAACCCCAGCAUUUCCAAUCGGACCCCUGCCUGGCCUUGCCUGGAAGUCAUGAGCAGAAUCCAACCAUGAGUUUCAUUCAAGACAACUGUUACAAUGGUUGCAAAUAUUCCACAGGAGAUGCUGAUGUAGCAAAUUGUAACAGUUCAGAAUCUAAAAGCAACUUGACAGAAAAAAAGUGUUUGGAAGGUACACUGGAUUUGCUACAGUUAAGGAUCAGCAGAGAAUCCGAAGAAAUGAAAUCUGAACCAGAAGAAAUAAAACUAAAGUUUAAUCAUGAAAGAAACACAGAGAGGGGUCAAAUCCAUCGGACGCCCAAGAACAAGGAGGCGCAUGUCUGUAGCAGAUGUUGUGCAGAGUUCUUUGAACUAUCAGAUUUGUUGCAACACAAGAAGAACUGCACUAAAAAUCAAUUGGUUCUAAUUGUGAAUGAAAAUCCACCACCUCCCGCUGAAGCCAGCUCUCCUAGUCCUCCCUCGGAUAAUCCUGAUGAGCACAUGAAUGACACAAUUAAUAACUCAGAUCAAGCAGACUGCAGUGACCUUUCAAAGCAUGGUGAGCACGGCAAGCCUGACAAUGAAGAAUCAGUGGAGGUGGAGAUUUCGGAAACUAACAAUAGCAGCAGUGGUUCUAACAAAGUGGACAAUGGUGAUUCAAGCAGUAAUAAUCCCACAUUGGGUACCUCAGCUAUCACAACUUCGCUACCUCAAGUAAGGGAUCUGACAGCCUUGGGCAACUUCUCUAUGAUUAACAGCAAUGUCAUCAUUGAGAACCUUCAGAGCACUAGAGUGGCAGUGGCACAAUUCUCCCAAGAAGCCAAAACUAAGGGGGCAGCAAACAAUAAACUGGCAGUGCCUGCAUUCAUGGAGCAGCUCUUGGCUUUACAGCAACAGCAGAUACACCAGUUGCAUCUAAUUGAACAAAUCCGUCACCAAAUAUUACUGUUGGCAUCACAGAGUGCAGAGAUGCCCACUUCAUCUAGUGACCCUCAAGGGGCUUUAAGGGUAUCUGCCACUCCAUUGACUACUCUGAGUUCCCAUUUGUCCCAGCAGCUAGCUGCAGCAGCUGGCUUAGCACAAAGUCUUGCUAGCCAGUCAGCGAGCAUCGGUGGUAUGAAGCAACUACCCACCAUACAGCUACCUCAGAGCAACUCUGUUAACACAGUUCCAUCCAUCUGUAGUUCCUCUCCAAAUAUGAAUGCAUUGGCAGCAACAGUUAAUCCACCUUCCUCAGAGAGAGUACCAUCAAGCACUGGUGGCUCACAGGUCAAUAAUCAACCAGCACCUGUAACAUCAUCACCACCUUUUGCAAUAAGUAGUUUAUUAAGCCCUGCAUCCAACCCACUACUACCUCAACCUUCCCCUAAUGCCACACCUUUCCCCAGUGCAUUGCCCAGCAUAGGAACAACAGCAGAGGAUUUAAACUCACUGAGGAAAAGUAAGCCACCCAGUGUGACUGCUUUUGAAACCAAGAGUACAUCUGAUGAGGCAUUCUUCAAACACAAGUGUAGAUUUUGUGCUAAGGUUUUUGGCAGUGACAGUGCCUUGCAGAUCCAUCUACGUUCUCACACUGGCGAGAGACCAUUUAAAUGCAACAUAUGUGGAAACAGGUUUUCCACCAAAGGGAAUCUUAAAGUCCAUUUUCAGCGUCACAAAGAGAAAUAUCCCCAUAUUCAGAUGAAUCCAUAUCCAGUGCCAGAACAUUUAGAUAAUAUUUCUACAAGCACCGGUAUACCAUAUGGGAUGUCUAUCCCACCAGAAAAGCCUGUAACUAACUGGCUGGACAGUAAACCAAUUUUAACUACCCUCACAACAUCAGUGGGUAUGCCUCUCCCACCAACAAUUCCCACCUUGACUCCAUUUAUAAAAACUGAAGAGCCCCAGCCUAUAUCUAUUAGCCAUCCCACUGCCAGCCCACCUGACUCAGUAAAAAGUGAGACAGCUUCAGAGCUACUUUUAAAAAAAACUAUUGAUUUUCCAGAUGAGGCUGAGGCUGCCAUGCCACCCAUUCUAGACAAAGAGGAACAUCAGUCUCAAAAUUCAGAUUCCCUGCAAAAUCUUAAUACUUCUGCCUGCUCUCCCACAACUGACUCUGGCAUAUCAGUCAUGUUCCCAAAUCUGCUUUUACCUCUAAUGUCAGAGCAAUUUAAAGCAAAAUUUCCAUUUGGAGGAAUUUUGGAUGUGACACCUGCUUCAGAGACUUCAAAACUUCAACAGCUUGUAGAGAAUAUUGACAAAAAGUCAAGUGAUCCAAAUGAGUGUGUUAUUUGUCACAGAGUCCUGAGUUGCCAUAGUGCUCUAAAAAUGCAUUAUAGGAUACAUACUGGAGAACGACCAUUUAAAUGCAAAAUUUGUGGUCGUGCUUUUACAACUAAAGGUAACUUAAAGACUCAUUAUAGUGUCCAUCGUGCCAUGCCACCUCUUAGAGUACAGCAUUCAUGCCCAAUUUGUCAAAAGAAAUUUACAAAUGCUGUUGUACUCCAACAGCAUAUUAGGAUGCAUAUGGGAGGGCACAUUCCUAAUACUCCUGUUGCUGAAAGCUACCCUGAUUCCAUGGAAUCAGAUACUGGGUCCUUUGAUGAGAAGACUAUUGAUGAUCUAGACAAUUUCUCAGAUGAAAACAUGGAAGAUUGUCCAGACAGCAGUGUCCCAGACACCCCUAAAUCUAUUGAUGCAUCUCAAGACAGCCUAUCUUCUUCCCCACUACCGCCUGCAGUUUCAAGUAUCACUGCUUUAGAGAAUCAAAUGAAAUUGAUCAAUGCUGGACUUGCUGAACAGCUCCAAGCCAGUCUAAAGUCAGCUGAAAAUGGGUCUAUUGAGGGUGAUGGUAUGACCAAUGACUCCUCAUCUCUUGGUGGUGACAUGGAAAUCCAGAGUGCUGGAAGCCCUGCUGCCUCUGAAUUUUCUUACUCCAUGCAUGCUUUGUCUCCUUUCAAUAGCACAAAUGACGAUCUGAAAUCACCCAACACAGAUGAGAAACUUCAACGACCUGUAUCUCUUGACACAACAAAUGGACUGUCCCCUACACCAGCUAAUGGAGGGGCUUUGGACUUGACAUCUAGUAACACAGAUAAAGUGAUCAAGGAAGAACCUUUAGGUGUGCUAUUUCCAUUCCGAGAUCGGAGUAAAUAUAAAAACAAUAUAUGUGAUAUUUGUGGCAAAACCUUUGCAUGUCAGAGUGCCUUGGACAUUCAUUAUAGAAGCCAUACCAAAGAGAGACCAUUUAUUUGCACAGCCUGCAAUCGUGGCUUUUCAACAAAGGGCAAUUUGAAACAGCAUAUGCUCACUCACCAGAUGAGGGAUCUACCAUCACAACUCUUUGAACCCAGUUCCAGUAUGACACCAAACUCAAUACUUCCCUCAACGCCUACUAACCUACUGGCAACUAUAAUAAAGACUGAGUUUAAUGGUUUCAUGCAUGGCUCUUCUCAGGACAUUAAAGAACAGCCUACAAAUAUAGUUUCACCAGGAUCUCUGCCAUCUUCUGCCACAUCACCCAUUCUGCUUCCUGCUUUGGCCAGAAGGACUCCUAAACAGCAUUACUGCAAUGCAUGUGGGAAAUCAUUCUCUUCUUCCAGUGCUUUACAAAUCCACGAGCGGACUCACACUGGUGAAAAACCCUUUGGCUGCACUAUAUGUGGAAGAGCAUUUACUACAAAAGGCAAUCUUAAGGUUCAUAUGGGAACUCACAUGUGGAACAGCACACCUGCAAGAAGAGGAAGAAGACUUUCAGUUGAUGGACCUAUGGCUUUUCUUGGAGGAAACCCUGUUAAGUUCCCUGAAAUGUUCCCAAAGGAUUUAGCUACAAGGGCUGGAAAUGUGGAUCCUUCAAGUUUCUGGAAUCAAUAUGCGGCAGCCCUGUCUAAUGGAUUGGCCAUGAAGACCAAUGAGAUUUCUGUCAUUCAGAAUGGUGGCAUUACUCCAAUGGCUGGAAGCUUGGGAAAUGGUGGGAGCUCCCCCAUCAGUGGCCUGACUGGAAGCCUAGAAAAGCUCCAGAACUCUGAACCAAAUGCACCUCUAGCUGGUCUGGAGAAAUUAGCAAGCAGUGAAAAUGGCACAUCUUUCAGAUUUAUGCGCUUUGUGGAAGACAGCAAAGAAAUUGCCACGAAUUAGCAUAGAGAUGUUCAAGAACAAUUGAUGCAACUAGAGGUUGCAUCAUUCUUUUUUUUCUGUGAACUGCACCAUUAAAGCAUUUUUGUACCAUGGUCAUCUUCUAGAGUUUUACGUGAGUGUAUUUAUUAGUGAUAUAACUUAGCUCUGCAUACAUGCAAUUGCUAACUUUGGUCUCUGUAUUUGGAACUAAAUACUUAUAGACUAGAGAUGUGUAUACAAGCUGUAACAUUUAUGGCAAUGGCAAGUCUUUAUAGUUGAUUUUAGGCAUUAACUUAUUUUAUAUAUUCUAGUUUUAAUAUGGUCCUUUAUGUUAAUGCAUAAAGAACAUGGGAAAUGGACUAUUUAUCUGUAUUUGAAUGCACAUUAAAAGGGAAAAUCAUUUCUCCAAUUGCAAAUACCGUUAGAGGGGUGGGUUUUUAUCAGGAUUCUGCUGUGAUCCAUUUUGUUUUUGUUUGUUUCCAUUAUCCUCCUUUAUCCUCUUUAGUAGGUGUCUUGUGCUUUUUACUUGUCUCCACUGUUUAUAAUUGUGUGUACAGUGACAAGCACAUAGAUUAUUUGGGAAAAGAUAUAUAUUUUGUUGCAAUUCACACCUUGCAUUUUUCUUUGCCCUGUAGAUUUGGUUUUUGAUUUUGGUUUAGAAAAUGUGCUGGAAAUUUCACAAUUGCUGCUAAAUCUAGCAUCUUUAACAACCUUCUGUGGAAAUAGAAAAAAAUGUAGAUGCUUGUACAUAUAUAAAUAUAUAUAUAUAUAUAUAUAUAUAUAUAUAUAUAUAUAUAUAUAUAUAUAUAUAUAUAUAUAUAAAUAUAAAGUGAGGAAAUAUUCGCUUCCAUGGGAAAAUGUAAAUAGAUUUCUUGUUGCUAUUUGCUCAGCGUUGAGAGACGCCUUUUGUGGUGAAGAGGUUAAAUGGAAAUCAAGCUCUCUAUUCUUGAAUAGAAGAAAAAGUAAGAUGUGUUUCAUUUUUUAUUAAUGAGGAAUGGACAGUUAUGCUCUUUCUUAUGAAAGUUGGGAGACCACUUCCUUUAAAGUUUUACUGACAAAUAGCAAAAAAUACUGUAAUUUUAAGCAAGUAAUGAAAUACAACAUUUUUCCAACA